AUGGGUGCUAGUGAACAAAAUUUGCUAUCAGUGACAACACGUUCAGUUGUAUCUGACUAUAUUUAUUGGCGUUUACAUAAUAGUACGAAUAUCGAAAUAGCAAAUAUUUUAACUACAGAGCCAAACCGUAUUAAUAUCUUAAUGAGACAAUUAGCAAAUGAAAGUGAAAUAGCGUAUCGAUUUCGAUCAGCUAAUAUUUUUCCAACAGAUAUACCAAUUAUACCAGCCAAUAUUCAUGCUACAUUUCUAGACAUUGUUGAAAAUCUAUUUAGUGAUGGUAUUUGUAAUUGGGGGCGUAUUAUCAUGUUAAUAUCUUAUUCAGGAAUGAUAGCUCUAAAAUGUUAUGAACAUAAUAUGCCAGCAAUGAUCAAUCUCAUUAUAGAAUGGACAGAACACUAUAUUGAUAACGAUUUAAAACAAUGGAUAGAUAGUCAAAAAGCUUGGGAUGGUUUCGGGAAACAUUUCGAAAAUAAUCGUCGACAAUCAUUGAGUCGAUUCGCAACGAUAAUGGGUACAAUAGGUGUAUUAACGCUUGGAGCUAUGUACAUGACAAGACAUUAA